AUGCUUACGCUCAGUCCUGGUUCGGUCUGCGAUGUGUGCGCAGAAGAGUACGGUCCGCACUGUGUUCCUCACUCCAUUCCGUGCGGUCACGUCCUCUGCUCUAGUUGCUGCCAUAAAAUCGUAGAAAAGACAUUGCCCCGUCUCCAGCCCGUCUGUCCAUUCUGUCGGGAUCAUUUUACCAGCGAGGAUGUGCGUUUGAUCCGCAUCGACUUUUCAGCAAGCGGAUGGGCCACUACUCGACGGCGAGGUGGCCUCACUGAGGCUCUUGACAUUGCUGACCGCUCCACACCACGACGGGAAGAUCGUUUUCCCUUCGUCGAGCCGAGCUCCUCGCGUACUCGCGCAGAAGCUCGCAGGUUGGAGGAUAAAGUGGCAAAAGUAGCCGCUAAAAAAUGCUCAGUGGAAGAGGUUUCGACUCUACACAACGAGCUACAAGACUGGUUGACUCAUGAUGAAAAAUCUAAUGACCAGUUGAACUCUUCUUUAUCCUUGAGUGCUGCGCUGCUCAGGGCAAUUUUGAUGAAUCACUUCGCUCAUUCGGAAGCUACGAAAAUGGCAAAGGGAGUCGAGGCCACCCUAAAAGGGAAGCUAGACGACGCGGAAUUAACAAUCACUAAGCUAGAAGCCGAUCUAAAGCAACAACAAGCCCUCCACAACCAAAAAGUUCAAGAAUGCCAGGCUCUUCGAGCAGAGCUUAGCCGUUAUACUCUUAAGUCCGCUUCCUCUCAGGCUGCAAAGUCACCUGCUCGCCCCAGCACCGUCGCUCCAACUGGAUUAAGCGAGCGGCGCCAAUCAGUUUCAUCAUCAGCAGCAUCUACGUAUAACGUACCAGCUAUGCCAUCCAUGCUCUCGCGCUUCGCAGCUACUCAUUCUCGAAGUGCCUCCGCAUCCGUGUCAGGAGGGUCGAGACCAACGACCCCCGCACGCACGACGACACCAUCGAUUAGGUCUGAGACUCCAACACAAGCGUCGAUGCUGUCGUCUCGCUUACGUGCUACGUCCCCAAUCCCCCCCUCCAGACCGCGGACUAUCUCCAUCUCCGCGACGUCGCCUCAAAAAAUAACUCGUUCGCACUCCGAUGAGCAGGAGAGAGAACGAGAACGGAUUCACGAACGUUGGAUGCCGUCACCAAACGUGGCAUACAGCCCGCCGACAGGCAAAACUAUCAACUAUCCGCCCUACUUUGGUUCGUCCCCAGCUCCCGGCCGUGCCCGCUCCUCGUUCUCAACAAAUGCUGCUUAA